AAAGGGAAAUACAGAACUUUACUAAACGUUACUUUGAGGGAUUGCUCAGCACAGGUGAAACUGCAUGAUCAGCACGUUUUAGUCUCCGGGACGUCACUUCCCAGGGAACUUUUUUUUCCAUCUGCGCGGCUGAGCUGGAAGUAGGAGGAGGAGGAAGAGGAGGAGGAAGAGGAGGAGGCGCUUUGAGGCUCCUCUGGGCUCUGCGCCAAGGCGGUAGGGCAGGUUUUUGAACCGCAGUGGCAGCACCGUGGCAACAGAUUUGGAGGUUUCCCCGGCGGAGGACAGUCGCUGAAAAGUUGCAAAGAAAAACGAAGAAGAAGAAGAAGAGGAACAAACAACUGGAGCUAUGCGUAAAAGCGCCAUGUGCCCGCGCGGUGUGAGCCGCGACUCUUUGUGCGCGUGAAGGAUGUUAUCGGAGAUGGCCCUGAACGUCUCUUCUCCCGGAGAGUUCGCGGACACACGUUCGGGUUGAUUUCUCUCGUCGUCUGGACUUCCCCGAGCCUUUUGUUUUGGGGGUCCGGGGGGGGGGUCGGGGUCUGAGAUGAGCGCUCAGAAUGGGACUGUGCCUCGGUACCGAAGUCACAGAGGAGCAGAAGAAGUCCAGGACACGCAGUGCCAAGAUAGACAAAGACCUGUACGAGUACGCCAAGCGGGAGAUGAAUGUGGUUAAAAUACUCCUCCUAGGCGCAGCAGAGAGCGGUAAAAGCACUUUGGUCAAACAGAUGAAGAUCAUUCACAGUCAUGGAUUCACCAAGCAGGAGCUCACCAGCUUCAAGCCCGCAGUGCUGGAUAACCUGCUGACCUCCAUGAAGUUUGUCCUCCAUGGCAUGGGCGUCCUCCGGAUCAACCUGGCAAACACCAGGAACAAGGUCCACGCCCAUUCGGUCUUGUCGUGUGGGCGCUGCUUUGAUGAAGAACAGGUGCUGUUUCCGUUCCUUAGCCACGCCCUGUCCUGCCUGUUGGCCGACCAGGGGGUGAGGGCGGCGGCGGCCCGGGGAUACGAGUACGAGCUCAAUGACUCGGCGCUGUAUUUCUUCGACAACCUGACCCGCCUCACGUCUCCAGAGUACGUGCCCACGGAGACGGACGUGCUGCGAGUACGACUGAGGACGACCGGCGUGAUCGAGACCCAGUUCAAAGUCAACCGGCUCAUUUUCAGGAUGUACGACGUUGGCGGCCAGAGGACGGAGCGCAGGAAGUGGAUCGGUUGCUUCGAGGAUGUCCGGGCGGUGCUGUUCGUGGUGGCGCUCAGCGGCUACGACAUGACGCUGGUGGAAGACCCUUCCGUGAAUCGUCUCCAGGAGAGCCUGAAGCUCUUCUCCUCCAUCUGCAACAACGUUUACUUCCGCAGCACAUCCAUGAUUUUAUUCAUGAACAAGAUAGACCUUUUUCAAGACAAGAUUUUACACUCUGGGCGACAUCUGCGUUUAUUCCUGCCAAAGUUUAAAGGUGCAGACUGCGACGUGGACUCGUCGGCACGCUUCAUCGUCGCCACCUUCGUCUCGCUCAACGCUUCGCCCAGCAAGCUCAUCUACCACCACUUCACCACGGCCACGGACACCUGCAACAUCCAGGUCGUCUUCCAGGUGGUCAUGGACACGAUAAUCAAAGAGAAUCUGGAGGCCGUGUCGCUCCUGUAA